AAAAGGGAAAGUCCAAAAUGUGUUCCUCAUCAACUGUGUUUCUCUGAACUUUCCUUUUUUCUUUAUCUCUCUUCAACACUUUCCUUGCUUCUUCCUUUCCCUUUCCUUUCCAUAAGAAUCAUCACUCAUCAAUCACCCUUCACUUCCACUUCACCAUGGCCUCCUCCUCAGCCCAACCAGGUACUCUCUUUCUUCCGAUCCAUCCUUCUAAAGUUUUCAUUUUUCGAUGACCCUUUUCCGUCGUGUGCCAGGAACCGGAGUGGAGGACCCCCCACCGGCGGCCCAGAACCCUCUGUCGGAGAUAUCCCCGUCGCCGUCGCCGUCGUCAGCGACGGCGCCGGCGCUGGUGCUGUCGAACUCGGGGAAGCGCAUGGACCAGGCGGGGAAGAAGAAGUACGUGAAGCAGGUGACGGGGCGGCACAACGACACGGAGCUCCACCUGGCGGCGCAGAGGGGCGACGUGGGCGCCGUCAGGCAGAUCCUCCUGGACGUCGAUUCUCAGAUCAUGGGCACUCUCGGCGGCGACGACGGCGGCGAUCUGAACGCGGAGAUUGCGGAGGUGCGCGCUUGCCUCGUCAACGAAGAGAACGAGCUCGGCGAGACCGCCUUGUUCACCGCCGCUGAGAGGGGACACCUGGAUGUGGUCAAGGAAUUGCUUAACCAUUCCACUGCUCAGACUGUUUCCAAAAAGAACCGAUCCGGUUUUGAUCCUUUGCAUAUUGCAGCUAGCCAAGGACACCACCCCAUUGUUCAGGUUUUGCUAGAUUAUGACACGGGAUUGAGCAGAACAAUUGGUCCGUCCAAUUCCACGCCGCUUAUAACUGCGGCAACGAGAGGGCACACAGAAGUGGUGAAUGAGCUUCUGUCAAAGGACCGUAGCUUGUUGGAGAUUGCUAGAUCCAAUGGCAAAAAUGCGUUGCAUUUAGCGGCUCGUCAGGGUCAUGUGGAGAUUGUGAAAGCCUUACUCAGUAAAGAUCCACAGUUGGCUCGCAGGACCGACAAGAAAGGACAAACUGCAUUGCAUAUGGCAGUAAAAGGGCAGAGUUGUGAUGUGGUGAAAUUGCUUCUUGAGGCGGAUGCUGCUAUUGUUAUGCUUCCUGACAAAUUUGGUAACACAGCGCUACAUGUUGCAACCAGGAAAAAGCGAGUAGAGAUAGUGACCGAGUUAUUACAUCUGCCAGACACCAAUGUUAAUGCGUUGACCAGAGACCACAAAACAGCUCUUGACAUUGCCGAAAACCUUCCACUCUCUGAAGAGGCAUCAGAUAUAAAGGACUGUCUUUCUCGAUAUGGAGCACUCAGAGCUAAUGAGCUCAACCAACCAAGGGACGAACUGAGGAAGACCGUUACUCAAAUUAAGAAAGAUGUCCACACCCAACUUGAACAAACCAAGAGAACCAACAAAAAUGUUCAUAAUAUUUCCAAAGAGCUUAGGAAACUCCACAGGGAAGGAAUUAACAAUGCAACAAACUCAGUGACAGUGGUGGCUGUGUUGUUUGCUACAGUUGCUUUUGCUGCUAUAUUCACCGUGCCUGGUGGGGAUCAUGAUGACGGCUCAGCAGUAGUAGCAACUUAUGCUGCUUUUAGAAUCUUCUUUGUAUUUAACGCUAUUGCACUUUUCACAUCUUUGGCUGUUGUGGUUGUUCAAAUUACUUUGGUUAGAGGUGAAACUAAAGCAGAGAAAAGGGUAGUGGAGGUGAUCAACAAGCUCAUGUGGUUGGCUUCUGUCUGUACUUCAGUGGCAUUCAUUGCCUCUUCUUACAUAGUUGUGGGUAGGAGGAAUGAGUGGGCCGCAAUUCUUGUUACAUUAGUUGGAGGGGUGAUCAUAUCUGGCGUUCUUGGCACUAUGACUUACUAUGUAGUGAGGUCCAAGAGAAGCAGAUCAAUGAGGAAGAAGGAGAAGCAGCUAGCCAGGAGGAGUGGAUCUAACUCAUGGCAUCAUUCUGAAUUCUCCAAUUCCGAGGUUGAUCGGAUAUAUGCCCUUUGAUUGAACCUGCAACCUUCAGGGAUCAUGAAGAACAAAUUGUGAGAAAGAUGACAGGGAAUUCACUGUGAACCUCUAAUGCGGCAUAUGGUGUAACAUUGUACAGAUUAUUAUUCUCUUAGGCUUAGCUGCUGCUGCUGUUGUUGUAAGAUUUUGACAAAUUGGAAUGAAGGCUCUAUCAUCACUGUAACUGUUAAAUGGUGCAGUGCAGGGCCUAAGUAAGCACUUAUAUCUUAAUCCCAGGUUGUGAUUUUAAAGAAGAAUGUCGAACAUUACUUUAAUUAUCAAUUUAUGUAUUGAUGUAUUGUCAAAAUAUUCCUGUCAUCCCUGUUUAUUUAUGAUAAUCUGUACUAUAUAGUGCCUAAUGAACACAUUACAUGGUA